ACAGCCUGGAGCCUGACUCCUCCCACACAGGAUCACCUUGGUGACGUAAUGUGACUGUGAGAUAGGUGAGGGUGAUAAGUGAGGUUCAGGUUCCUACAAUAUAGGAUCCGCUCAGCGUAUAUCUCCUAUAUAAGAUCAUUCUCCUGAUUGACCCAUCAAGGAUGGAUAGGGAUGGGGACAAGAUGGCAGAGAGUAUAAUAAAUCUCACCCUAGAGAUCCUCCUCCGGCUUACUGGAGAGGAAUACACAGUAGUGAAGAAGACCUCUAGUGAGCAUUGUCAGGCCCCGGUAUCUGAAGGACGGGGAGGAAUCCUGAGCCCAAUAUCCAGGCCGACACCUCACAUCCCGAUACAUGAGAACGUCAACAGAGAGAAGGUCCUAGAGCUCACCAACAAGAUUAUUGAGCUUCUGACUGGAGAGGUUCCUAUAAGGUGUCAGGAUGUCGCCGUCUAUUUCUCCAUGGAGGAGUCUGAGUAUUUAGAAGGACACAAAGAUCUGUACAAGAACGUUAUGAUGGAGGAUCACCAGCCACCAAGUAAAAGACAUGACUAAAUACACACAUCCUCUCACUAGUUAUAUGUAAGAAAUUAAUUGUCACUGUAUGUUUUUCCUACAGUUAAAGAAGAGAGAACAACUCCCAGUCCCCUUCUUCUACAUGAUGAGAGAUGUCCCAGUCUUCUUCUACAGCAUGGUUCAGAAGAACAUCAAAGCAUUCCAUAUGAUGAUCAGAUAGAUGGAAAUAAGCUUUUAAAUCUGGGUAAAGAUCUGAAGAAUAUUAAGGCUGAAGAUACAUAUGUGAGGGGUGAUGAGCAGAUCAUAGAGGACAUUCCCACCGAUAACCACCCAGAUGACUGUACCAGGAGCUCAGAAAAACACGUGAUGUCAGAUUUUAGAACAGAUGAUUGGGGUGUCACAGAAGAUACACAUGAAGAGCAUACCAUUAUCUCAGAUGUACCCUCAGCUGUUCACAGCAAAGAUCUAUCAUCUGAUCCUUUGGAUGGAUUUCAAUCUUCUGAUUCAUCACAGACCUGUUAAGCAAAAUAAAAUUCACAGAAGAAGUGUUCAUCAUCAAAGAAGUCACACAAGGGGAGAAUGCUAUUUCAUAUUCAGAAUGUGCGAAAUGUUUUCAGCAGAAAUCAGAUCUUAACCAUCAGAGAAUUCACAGAGUUGAGAAGCCAUUUUCUUGUUUAGAAUGUGGGAAAUCUUUCAUAAAGAAAUCAAAUCUAGUAGUACAUCACAGAAUUCACACAGGGGAAAAGUCAUUUUCCUGUUCAGAAUGUGAAAAACAUUUUAACUCUAAAUCACAUCUUGUUAGACAUCAGAGAAUUCAUACAGGGGCGAAGCCAUUUUCUUUAGAAUGUGGAAAAUCUUUUAUAAAUAAAUCAAGUCUAGUUGCACAUCAGAGAAUUCAGACAGGGAUGAAAACAUUUUCUUGUUUAGAAUGUGGGAAAUGUUUUACUGAUAAAGCAACUCUUGUUAGACAUCAGAAAAUUCACACAGGGGAGAAGCCAUUUUCUUGUUUAGAAUGUGGGAAAUCUUUCAUAAAUAAAUCAAAUCUAGUUGCACAUCAGAGAAUUCACACAGGGGAGAAGCUAUUUUCUUGUUUAGAAUGUGGGAAAUGUUUUACUGAUAAAUCAACUCUUGUUAGACAUCAGAGAAUUCACACAGGGGAGAAGCCAUUUUCUUGUUUAGAAUGUGGAAAAUCUUUCAAACGGAAAUCAUAUCUUACUAUACAUCUGAGAUAUCACACAGGGGAGAAUCCAUUUACUUGUUUAGAAUGUGGGAAAUCUUUCAUAAAAAAAUCUAAUCUAGUUGCACAUCAGAGAAUUCACACAGGGGAGAAACUAUUUUCAUGUUUAGAAUGUGGGAAAUGUUUUACUGAUAGAUCAAAUUUAGUUGCACAUCGGAGAAUUCACACAGGGGAGAAACCAUUUUCUUGUUUAGAAUGUGGGAAAUGUUUUACUGAUAAAUCAACUCUUGUUAGACAUCAGAAAAUUCACACAGGGGAGAAACCAUUUUCUUGUUUAGAAUGUGGGAAAUCUUUCCCACGGAAAUCAUAUCUUACUGUACAUCAGAGAUAUCACACAGGGGAGAAGCCAUUUUCUUGUUUAGAAUGUGGGAAAUCUUAUGCACAGAAAUCCGGUCUUGUUAUACAUGAGAGAAUUCACACUGGAAAGAAGUGAUUUUAAUGUUCAGAAUGUGAUAACUAGAGAUGAGCAAACUUUUGAAAAUUCAAUUCUGCAGCUUUGUCAAAGUUCAACAAGAAAUUUAAUUUGUUCCAAAUUAAUUUGUCACGGAUCAAUAGGUUAAAACCCCAUUUAGCCUAUCAAUCAAUGAGACCAUUUUUAACUGCCUUUGACAGAAGUGCACCCGUCUAACAGCCAUUAAACAUGUUAAUACACUUAUAUGCACAUAUGGCCUUUUGGAUAAAAAUGAAUAAAUAUCUCACCUUAUCUGUAAUGACCCGGAGUGCCAUUACCACUCCUUGGCACCUCACUACCAUUUCCUAUAGGCUAACAUAAAUGUAAUCUAAUGCAGUAGUGUACUUAUCUUCACCAUGUGCAUAUGUAUUUCCUGUAGCUGUUAAAUGUUAAUGUAAUUACCUGGUCUGCCAGCAGGUGGAAGCAAACACUUGGCAGUGCUAGUUGCAGGGAAUGGACUGGAUUGUCCAUUCCCUCCCUCUAGAGGGAGAAGGAGAGGAGGAGUUUAGCUAGUUAGCAGGCAGUCUAGCUUUCCCCCUCCUGGGGAGAGGUUGUGUGAGGAGCCUGAGAACCCCCUCCUAUGGGAAGGCAGCAGGCAUAGUCCUGUCUGGACAGGUUCUGUUUGUCCUGGCCAACCUUAUCACUGGAGGUUGUGCAUAUUGGUUGCAUGUCCCCUUCUGGGCUUGUAUUGCCGAAAACCAAGCUAGAGCUUGAGGUACUGACAGCCAGGACAGAGUUUCCUAGGAUUAUCUAUAGUAAGAAACUCACAUAGCUGAGAUAAGAGAGCUACAGAGAGGAUACAGCAGAGAGGAGUUUGUUGCAGAGAAAGUAUUUGCCUGCCAUUCGCCUGCUGAAACCUAUUGGAAACCAAGACAAGUCUGGAAACUGUUUGGAUUACCGUUUAUUAGAUAUAAAGCAACUGUUUAACGUUUG